AAGAUUUGUUGUUUUUCCACAUGUUUGCCGCGUUUGCCGCUUUCCUAUUGUAAAUUGGUUUUGAAAGAUUUUUAUUACUUAAAACAAAAGUUUUCUGCGGUUGCAAAAUGCAGACAAUACGUGAAUUCACGCGAAAAACGAAGCGUGGCAACAUUUUAAAGAUCGUGCGGGAGCAUUAUCUGCGGGAUGAUUUGGGUUGUGGCGCUCAGAUAUGUGAGAACUGUGUGCAGGAUGAAACAUCUGUGGCCUUGUUGCCAGAGCGCAAUGUGAAAAGCACCUUAUUUACCUUUCCACAUUAUUUAGUCUUAGACACAAAUGUAGUGCUUAACCAAAUCGAUGUACUGGAAGAGGAUGCAAUAUCCAAUGUGAUUGUACUCUCGACAGUGCUGAGUGAAGUGAAACAUAACAGUAGCGCUGUUUAUAAGCGAUUCCGGGAAGUUGUGCAGCAUAAGCCACGCGGUUUCUACGUGUUUGUGAACGAGCAUCACAAGGAUACAUAUGUGGAACGUGAGCCCGGUGAGAGUGCUAAUGAUCGUAAUGAUCGCGCUAUUCGAAAAGCUACACUAUGGUAUGAUCAACAUCUAGAAGAGGCGCAAAAUAGUCGUGCAAUGAAAAAGUCGGGACGGCCGCGCACCAGAGUUGUUAUGAUCACUGAUGAUGUUGGCAAUAGAGAACGUGCUGAAAAAGAUGGUAUAUUGGUGGCUAGUGCUGAGGAAUAUGUAAAAUCACUAACCGACUUUCCAAUGUUAAUUGAUAAAUAUGCGCGCAAGAGUUUUGAAAGUGACAAAAAAUCAUUGCCUAUAUUCCCCACGCACUUAAGCGUUAACGAAAUACAUGAUGGGAUUAAAGCGAAAAAGCUUUUGCAGGGCUCAUUUCAAGCGUCACGUGAAAAUUACUUGGAGGGAGCUGUAUCUGUUGAAGGUUAUGAACAUCCGGUACUCAUACAAGGUCGUGAAGCGCUUAAUCGUGCAGUUGAUGGUGAUAUUGUCGCAAUCGAACUCUUACCACAGGAAGAGUGGACGGCACCAAGUGAAAUCGUAUUAGAAGAGGGUGCCGAUGAAGAUCCUGGUGAUAAUGUGGAACGCACCGAAAAAGAACAAUCUGUAUUUCAGAAGAGCCUUACAAAAUCUGAUGAGGUACGACCCACCGGCAAAGUAGUUGGUAUUAUACGUCGCAAAUGGCGUCAAUAUUGCGGAAUUUUACAACCUAGUUUGUUGGAAAACGCAUCACGCCAUUUAUUCGUACCGGCGGAUCGUAAAAUUCCACGCAUACGUAUAGAAACACGUCAGGCGGAACAAUUACAAAAUAAACGCAUAAUUGUCGCUAUUGAUUCCUGGCCACGUAACUCGCGUUAUCCGCAUGGUCACUUUGUACGCAGUCUUGGUCCCUUAGGUGAUAUGAAUACCGAAAAUGAGGUGAUCUUGCUAGAACACGAUGUGCCGCACAGCAAGUUCUCUGAGGAAGUAUUGAGUUUUCUACCAAAAAUGCCUUGGGUUAUUACGGAUGAAGACUAUGCAAAGCGCGUCGAUUUACGUGACUUAUAUAUUUGCUCUGUGGAUCCGCCCGGCUGCACAGAUAUUGAUGAUGCGCUUCAUUGCCGCGAACUACCAAACGGUCGUUUAGAAGUAGGUGUACACAUCGCUGAUGUAAGUCACUUUAUACGACCAGGGAACGCUUUGGACAAAGAGGCAGCAGCACGUGGUACCACUGUUUAUUUGGUAGGCAAACGUAUUGACAUGGUGCCGGAACUUUUAAGUUCCAAUUUGUGUUCCCUGGUAGGUGGCGUCGAACGUUUUGCAUUCUCCUGUGUCUGGGAAUUGGAUAAUGAGGCGAAUAUAUUAGCUAAACGCUUUCACAAGAGUGUAAUCAAAUCGAAAGCGGCAAUGACAUACGAACAGGCACAAAUCAUUAUCGAUGAUGCUACACAGCAAACGGAAAUCGCUAAAUCUCUGCGACACCUUAAUAGAUUAGCGAAGAUACUGAAGAAGCGACGUAUGGAUAAUGGCGCUUUGGUGUUAGCCUCACCUGAGAUACGCUUCCAGGUGGAUAGCGAAACGCAUGAACCACUCGAAGUGGAAGCGAAACAAGUGCGUGAAACCAAUUCCAUGGUUGAGGAGUUUAUGUUGCUGGCAAAUUGCACAGUGGCCGAGCAUAUAUGUGCAGAAUUUCCCGAAUGCGCUAUGCUACGUCGGCACCCGCGUCCUGCACCGAGCAAUUUUGAGCCGCUCAUUAAAGCAGCGAGUCAUCAAGGUUUUGAAAUUAAAACCGAUACGGGUUUGGAGUUGGCGAGCUCAUUGGAUGCUUGUGUGAAACCGGAUAAUGUAUACUUUAAUACGAUGAUACGUAUUCUGACCACACGUUGCAUGAUGCAAGCAGUGUAUUUUAUCAGUGGCACACUGCAGCCGGAAGAAUUCUUCCAUUACGGUUUGGCCACACCUAUUUAUACGCAUUUCACAUCGCCUAUUCGUAGAUACUCGGAUAUCAUUGUACAUCGUUUGUUAGCAGCUUCUAUUGGCUCUGAUAGCACAUAUGCCGAUUUGUUGGAUAAGAAGUUGAACGAAGAGUUAUGUCAUAACCUAAAUUAUCGUCACAAAAUGGCGCAAUAUGCGGGACGCGCAUCUGUAGCGCUGAAUACGCAUUUGUUCUUCCGUGGCAAAACACAGGAUGAAGAAGGUUAUGUGUUGUUUGUACGUAAGAAUGCAUUGCAAGUGCUCAUUCCCAAAUUCGGUUUAGAGGGUACCGUUUAUCUAAACUCCUUAUCAGGAGACAAAAAGCCCACGCCAGGUGAUGUAAUAUUCACGUUUAACGAAGAGGACUACACACAACGUUGCGGUAAUGUCGUUUUUCAUGCGUUUGACCCAGUGACUGUACGCUUGAGUUUAGAUUCGCGCAAUGUUCAACAUGAAAAACUCGUAUUUCAAUUGGUUAAACCAUACAUCAAAGGGUUCAGCGUUGAAUUAACGGCAGAGCAGAGUGGCGACGUAGAAAUGGUGGACGCAACGACGGCAAAUGCAGCAGAUGGUGUACCGCCACAAAAGAAGAGCAAAAAAUCGCAGAAGAAAAAGAAAUAAUUCGUUGUAGAGUUGAAUUAAGUGUUUUUUACUAAUAAACAAAAGUUGCUCUGAUGCUAUUUCGGUUUUGUGUUUGCGCUAUAAUCAA